CUGCAGCAGCAGCAGUAUCGGCACCUGUCAUUUUCCAGGGGAAGAGCUGUUUGCCGCGUCGUGUGCGUAAAACGAGAUAUUCUCAAAGGAAACCCAAACCACGGACAAACACCGCGGCGGAAUACCGAUGGCCUCAUGUCUAGAUAUUUGCGCCUGUAAAAAAUUACGCAUCGAGCCCUUGAUGCUGAAGUGCAGUGACGCUGAGGGGAGCAAUUUCAGUGCAUCCCUGUGAACUUACACAUACACAAACACACGCACACACACACACACCCCCACACACACACACAGAGACACACACAGACAUAUCAUUUUUGGAUACAAGUCUUUCACAGGAGACAAAUGAGAGGCUACCUGCUGACUGCAAUCUUUCUGCUGCCCUUGGUGGCCUCGGAGUCCGAGCACUGUUUAAUAAAGCGUGAACAUGAGAAGUGCAUGGAGAGGAUCGCGCUCCACAACCCCGGCGAAGACAUCGAGUUGGAGUGUCCCUGGCUGUGGGACAACCUGACCUGCUGGCAGGGGGCCAAUGUCGGUGAGGUCGUGGUGGUCAACUGUCCCGAGCUCUUCCAUGAAUUCAUGGGCCCGGAGGACGAAAUGGGGAGGGUCAGUCGGAACUGCACCGAGGACGGCUGGUCCGAACCGUUCCCUCACUACAUGGACGUCUGCCUCUUCUACGACAACACCACCAAACCUGACAUGUACUACGCGUCAGUCAAGGCCCUGUACACAGUCGGCUACAGCACAUCACUGGUGUCCCUGACGACAGCCAUGGUUAUCCUCUGCAGAUUCAGGAAGCUCCACUGCACCAGAAACUUCAUCCACAUGAAUCUGUUUGUGUCCUUCAUCCUGAGAGCCAUCUCCGUCUUCAUCAAAGACGGAGUGCUGUACGCGCAGGAAGACAGCGACCACUGCUUCGUCCAGACGGUGGCGUGCAAAGCGGUGAUGGUUUUCUUCCAUUACUGUGUCAUGUCCAACUACUUCUGGCUGUUCAUCGAAGGUCUGUAUCUCUUCACCCUGCUGGUGGAGACCUUCUUCCCCGAGAGACGAUACUUCUACUGGUACACCAUCGUGGGAUGGGGGACUCCCACUAUUUGUGUGACUGUCUGGGCAGUUCUGAGGCUCCACUUUGAUGACACUGGAUGCUGGGAUACUAAUGAGAACACUGCCCUCUGGUGGGUGAUCAAGGGACCUGUGGUGGCCUCUAUAAUGAUCAAUUUUGUCCUCUUCGUCGGAAUCAUCAUCAUCCUGGUGCAGAAGCUGCAGUCGCCUGAUAUCGGAGGAAAUGAAUCAAGCAUUUACCUCAGCUGUGCUCAGAAAUGCUUCAGUGAGCCCACACAGGCUGUUCAGCAUUCGUGCAGGAUGUCAGAGUUAUCCACCAUCACGCUGCGUCUGGCGCGCUCCACCCUCCUGCUCAUCCCCCUGUUUGGUAUUCACUACACCGUCUUCGCCUUCUCACCGGAGGACGUCAGCAAGAGGGAGCGGCUGGUGUUCGAACUGGGACUCGGAUCCUUCCAGGGCUUUGUGGUCGCUGUUCUCUACUGUUUCCUCAACGGAGAAUUUCUCCCUGAAGGUGCAGUCGGAGAUCAAGAGGAAAUGGCGCAGCUGGACCGUGAACCGGUACUUUGCCGUGGACCUGAAGCAGCAGCGGCACCCCUCGCUGGCCAGCAGUGGGGUGAACGGCGGGACUCAGCUAUCCAUCCUCAGCAAGAGCAGCUCGCAGAUCCGCAUGUCCAGCCCGCUGGCGGAGAACGCCAACAUCAGCCUCCCGACCUGAGCGUCUGAUUGGCCCGGAGUCGACUUCAAGGUGCCGUCCCACUAACGUACGUCCAGAGCAACCAGACCAGACCAAAGUGGCCCCAAACACACCUCUUCUUUUUUGUAGUAUUUCUGAAAGCAUUUACUGGAGAGUCAUUGGAGGUGCUUAGCUGGCUUCCACACUUCAAAUUGUAUUUAUUUAAAUAUUUAUAAUCCUGCAGUUGUGGCAAACCUUUAUGAUUAAUGAUGCACUUAAUCUUUUUUACAAAACAAAUUCUUCUCUAUGAAUUAAAACAUUAGGAGAUAUUUAGAGUUCCCUUUCUGCCAAUGUGAAAACGUUCAAUUCUGCCCAGUUCCCUGUUUACCUAUAUUCCCUAUUUACAAAUAACACAAACGCAGAGGUGUCAUAUUUGACACCUCUUCAUUUUGGGGUCAUAUUUGGCUGUUGGUGUAAAAUACAUGUGACUCAAAGUGGUCACCAGACUGGAUCUGACCUCAGAACAGUCCAAAGGGAAAUAUCAACCAAAUGUUCGCCUUGCUUGUACAAAUGCUCCCAGUUUAAAUGUUUCAUCUUGAAUCUGAACAUUUUUCUACAAUCAGCCAUAAGUACAGACUAUGUCAAAAGAUAUAUUUAAAAACAAAAACAGCAACUCAUGGACUUUGUAAAUAGUGACGUUCAGUGUCUCAUCUCUUUCUCUUGGCAUAACACAGUGAUGUAACGACCUUUUAGAAACAAACAAAAGGAGCUGGAGCCCAGAUCUGUAGACGUCAUCCCAUAUCCUAAAUCCUAUAGAACAGUCUAUGUAGGAAUAUAGUGCCAAAAUAAAUGAAGAACAGUGUUUCCCAAACCUCGGAGCUGAAUUAAAUUAAGGAAGAACAUAUUUUCUGCUCCAUAAAACUAUUGUGUUUGAUUCUUUUCUUGUAGACUAUAAACAAGCUGUGAAGCUAAAUUCCUUAUUUGCCUGAUGAGGGACAGUGAAUGGACUCAGACACAAAAGAAACGUUGAAACCAUCGCUGUAGAGGAGGUAAAAGUACACAAAGGGAUUUUAAAUAUGUAUUUAAAAAGGAAAAAUACACUGAAACUCAACCUGUGUCGCUGUCGGGGUCUCGACCUGCACAGGAGUAGAUUCCUCCAGUGGGUUUUUUCUCUUUCGCACACUUAUCAGACGUGUUUUUAAUGCAGACUGUGAAACAUAAAUAGUACAUGUGCCAUUUUCGUUGUGGCUUUUCUCCGAAGCUUCUCAUAGUGCCAUAAGUUUUUUUCUGUGCAGUAUUUUUUUGUAGCUGGUGGUAAUCAAACCCUCGACAUGCUCUUUGCGAUGACAGGACUCUUUCAACCUAUCGUGCCAUAUUUUAAAACCGCUCUUCAUUUUUUUGACUUCUGAGAUGAACUCCAUCUCCCACACUCAUGUUCCAAAAGUGCCUAGUUAGUCACAAACAACUGCCGUCGCUUUUAUUUACAGUGCAACCGCUCAUCUGCUGGAAAGAAUGUACAGGGGGGGGGGGGUAUCGGUGGAUUGUGUUUUGCUUGUUUGUUAGUAAAACGAUUUCAACAGCUUCAUCGUGGAGAAAACACACAGUCAUCACAAAAUGCUUUAAUGUGACAGCUCUUGACAAUCGCUGCGUUUUGCUCAUUUUCUCUUUUCAGUCUCGACAAACAAUACCUGUCCGGGUGGGGCAAACCAUUUGUUAGGAUUAAGGGGGAAAAUCAUUUGUACAGAGGGAAUUUUUCUCCAUAUUUAUUCACGUUAUUUAUUUGGUUGUUUUUUUUUGUACUGUCUUUUGAGUGGAAUUAAACAAAUGUAUCGACUUUAAACAAUGAACCGGUGAUAUCGUAAUGAUGUAUGUUUAUUUCCCAUCGCCCAGUGCCAUCUGAUGUGCAGAUCUCGAUGUACAGUGCACCCGCUUUUCACUGUGGAAUAACUUUUAAGACUCGUGCUAUUUUCAUUACACGGAUCCAUGUUGACUCUCCCGGGGUCAAAGUGCCACACGCGUGUACAUGUUGUGCCAUUCUGACUUUAAAGAAAAAACGACAACACUCACAGUAAAUUGCUGUCCAAAGCUGCAGAGGAUGAUAGGAGAGAUGGAAUGUCAUCACAACCUGUAGAAGGCCUCGUCUCCACUGCUCCUGGACCGAACACUCUGCUGCUGCUUACGUGUUGAAUCACCAGCCGUCACUCUGAGUCCGACUCGGCUCAGAUGGAAACGACCAUGUCUCAAAGCUGUUACUGUCCGAGAAAAAAAAAUCAAGAGGAGAAAGACUCCUGACUUGACCAUUGUCAGUGCUGUAUACUUAUUAACCACAAGAUGGCAGCACAGCGUUGGAGGGUUACUUUGUCCGUUUAAUGCGGAGGGGAAGGUUUUGACCAGCACUGAUUUUGCUUUUUGAACCUUGGAUUUUGGAGCCGGUGUAGAGUGAGGCUUUAACAUGCGUUUAUGACCCAUUGUUAACAUCCGUCACACAACAUAUUUGUUUAUUUUUUUUCUGCACUUAUCAGCAAAGAAGCCAUCGGUGUAAAUUGGAUUCUGAAUAAGGUCUAAGAAAAAGCCUUUGAUCAUUUCCUUGGUUUGACCUUUUUGGGUAAUUAUGCUCUUUAAUCUUUUGCUGAGAGUUACAUGAGAAGGUUGAUGCUUGUUAGCUUAGCUCAACACAAGGGCUGGAAACUGGGAGUCCCUAUUUUCCUAUUCCGUAUUCCGAAUUUGUAUUAAUUACAACAUUUCCUUUGCAUUGGAUCAACAAUAGAGAGUAUGAUGGAUGAAACGAUAGAAGUCCGAGAUAGAAGCCCGACGGAAUUUCGCACUCAACUUACCGUAAACAUACCACACAGGAAAACCCAUUUUAAUGUUCCUGCCGAUGUUCAGCCACAAAAACAUUAAGAAAUCAUAUUUAAGAUUCGUGAAAACCAUCUAAAUUGUUUUUGAGUGAACUGAAAUUAGUACAUUUUGAUUUCCCCUUGGUGAUUUUAAUCUUCUCAUGUAAAUCUUUUCAAAAAAACGAAUUUCCCAAACGUUUGAUUCAAAUGUAAUAAAUCUCUAAGGGGCCUCAUCUCUGUGUUACUUUGUGCCCAUUGAGCCACUUUUAUUCAGUGCUGAGUUCGAGUGCAAGUAGUUUUGACUGCAAAUGAAUUUUUGAAUGUACCGUCGUUGCUCUGCUGCUCUUAAAUGUCGCCUGCUAUGAAUUUGCCAUAGUGUACAAAUGAUGUCUUUUCUUGAUCAUAUCUACGAUACACUGUAUAUGUAUAUUUUUGGCACACAGGUGAACCUCUUGAUGACCUGUAAUGUUUGUGACCGUGUUUUUGUAGAUGUUUAUGUACCAGUUUUCAGAGCCUGUGUGUGUGUAUGACUGUGGGUGUGUGUGCGGGUGCGUGUGCGGGUGUGCGUCUGAGUAUGUUUAAAAGUUGGAUUGUAUUCUGUAUGCAUGUCUACGUAAUGGCAAGUAUUCACAAGGAUAAAAGUAGGCUAACUUAAAUGUGAACGAAAAUAUACAAUUUCAUCCAACUUUUGUUGUGUGUAAACAUGUGUUUAGGUGUCAGACAUUCAUGUCCCAGUUUGUGUAUAUUUGACUGCAAAAUAAAUCUGUCUGUGGUUAGUUGUA